AACUGCUGGGAUUAAAGGAGUAGGCCACCAUGCCUGAUCUUGCCUUAGGACAUUUUAAACUAUUCACAGAGCAAAUCUGGCCCACCACGCAUGUUUGUAUAGCUUCUAAGCUAAGAAUAAUUUUAACGUCUUUAGUGGUUGAAAUCAAAACAAAUUAUAUUCCAGUACAUGCAGAACUCAAAUUUCGUUUCAUAAAUAAAUAAAUAUUAGUUUCUUAUUACUUCUGUGACAACAACUUGUGUUGUUACAAUUCUGGAAGUCACAGUCUGAGACCCGGAGUGGGGCACUUGCCUUUUUUUCUUCUAAUGCUGCAUUCCUAACAUUUCUUGCCUUGAGAACUCUCUCUCCAUCUUCCUAGCCUCCAGCCUAAUGUCUUAAAGUCUUGCCCUGCUUCUUUGACCACAGCAAUCUCUGAAUACUAUAGCAGUAUGAUUCACGGGCUGGGAGAUGCCCUUUGCUUCUUGGAUGUAAUGCACUUUAUGUUUAUUAUUCAUCAGUGAAAAUGAGUCAUACAGAGGUUAAAUUAAAAAUACCUUUUGGAAAUAAAUUACUGGAUGCCGUUUGUUUGGUACCUAACAAGAACAUAGCAUAUGGAAUAAUUCUUACACAUGGAGCAUCAGGAGAUAUGAAUCUUCCUCAUUUGAUGUCACUAGCAUCUCAUCUUGCAUCUCAUGGGUUUUUCUGCCUAAGAUUUACUUGCAAAGGCCUUAAUAUUGUACACAGGAUCAAGGCAUAUAAAGCAGUUUUGAAUUACCUAAAGACCUCAGGAGAAUACAAACUUGCUGGUGUUUUUCUUGGAGGCCGUUCAAUGGGCUCGAGAGCAGCUGCUUCUGUAAUGUGUCACAAUGAGCCAGAUGACACUGAUGAUUUUGUUCGAGGUCUCAUUUGUAUUUCUUACCCACUGCACCAUCCAAAGCAGCAACAGAAACUCAGAGAUGAAGAUCUCUUUCGUAUAAAGGAUCCUGUACUGUUUGUGUCUGGCUCAGCAGAUGAAAUGUGUGAAAAGAACUUGUUGGAGAAAGUGGCACAGAAAAUGCAAGCUCCCAGUAAAAUCCAUUGGAUUGAGAAGGCAAAUCAUUCUAUGGCAGUGAAAGGACGGUCAACAAAUGAUGUUUUCAAGGAAAUAAAUACACAGAUCUUGUUUUGGAUCCAAGAAAUCACUGAAAUGGACAAGAAAUGAUUGUCAUUAAAAGCCAUGUUAUUUUGAAUAAAAGUACGGUUAAUUCGAUAAAGAACAAUAUACCUCUCAACGUUGUGAGAUGUAUUUCAGACUAAUGUUCUUUAAUGUUGCCCUAUUUUUGAAACAUGGUAUUGUGAAAAUAUCCUUUACAAGAUGUCUUUUGAAAGCACUGUUAUAGUUAUAUGAAGAUAAUGUACAAAUAUUGAAGUUGUCUAUAAUUUAUUUUCAUUAGUAUAGUUAAGUUUUGAAAAAUUAAACAUUUGCAUUUUGUUACAA